AUGCCUAAGCACUCUGUUGGGACCCACAGACUGACCAUGGAAGGAGAUGGUCGCUCUGUACAAAAGAAACCGUGUUGCUGCCUACGACUUGGGUCAAAUCUAUGCCUUUUUAUUUUUGGUUUGUUUUUACUAAUCUCCGGUGUUGUCCUAAGGUCUGUUAUUGACCAAAUUUUUAAAGAUAAAAUCGAUGAGAACUUGGUUCUGAGACCUGGCUCACCAACAUACAAGCCAUGGGCCGAGCCAACCAUGCCAGUGCCCAAUAAAUAUUAUUUCUUUAACGUAGUGAAUCCGGACGAAGUAGUAAAAGAUGGAGCUAAGCCAGUUUUGGAAGAAAAAGGACCAUAUACUUUAUUGUCAUACCAGAAAAAAUUUAAUAUAACAUGGCAGGAUAAAGAUGGAACAGUAUCGUAUGACGAGAAAUCAUGGUUUAUAUACGAUAGUGCAUCUUCGUGCGAGUCAUGUGACUUAUACAAUGAUAAAAUAACGACAGUAAAUAUGCCACUAAUGGUUGUCGUUGAAAUGUUAAAAAAAUAUCCCGACUUCUUCCAUUGGAAAAGAUUAGUUGGUGGAAUCUUGAGGCGAUAUAAAGAAACAUUAUUUAUGACUCGUAAGGUUAAUGACUUAAUAUGGGGUUAUGAAGAUCCACUUUUGGUGGAAAUAAAUAAACUUAGGAAUGAAACUGUUGCAGCUUUACCUGCAUUAAACAAUUUUUUUCCAAAUGUAACUUCCAAAAUAUUUCUUCUACAAAAUAAUACACUCCAAGGACGCACAGUUGUUUAUACUGGAGUGAAGAACAUUGAAGAUAUACAGAAAUGGAAAAGCUGGAAGGGUAAAAAUAAUUUUGAUAUGUAUAAAACAAAAUAUGCCAACAUGUUGAAUGGUACUGAUGGAAGACAAUUCGCUCCUGAUGUGAAAAAGAAUGACAGAAUUUAUUUAAUUCUUAUUCAACUAUGUCGUUCAGUGUAUCUAACGUAUGAUCAAGAGUUAAAAGAUCAGGAUAUUGAUGUCUACCGGUUCGUAAUUCCGCAAGAGGUUCUUCUUAACGGUACAGUUGAUCCAGAUAAUGCCGCAUUCUAUGACUAUGGCUUGCUCCCAACCGGUUUGCUAGAUAGCCGCAAGUGUCAAGGUAGCGGAUCCUCAGCACCGGUGUUUAUAUCCUUACCACACUUUUACCUCGGAGAUCCGAGAUUGGUAGAUGCUGUUGUUGGCCUGAAACCAAAUAAGGAGAAACACCAAUUUUCAUUUGAUGUUGAACCAAUUUUGGGCGCCAUAAUGACUAAUGCAAUAAGAUUACAAGUGAAUGUUUUAAUCGAAGCUGAAAGAGAUAUAAGUCAAACUGGAUCAACGCCUUCAGCUUACGUGCCAGUUAUGUGGUUUGAAGUAGAAAUGUCGUUAGACUCCGACACAGCAGCUCUAUUUCGCAACGAUAUUAUUCUUCCAAUGGAAAUUUUUCAUGAUGUUGAAAUCGCCAUGAUAUGUCUAGGAUCUGUGCUUAUGUUGAUGACAAUGAUUAUAUUCUGUUGUGUUAGAAAAAGGAAAAAUCGGACUGCAAUAUGCUGCUGUAGUGAGAAUAAUGAAGAAAAAUCACCCUUAUUGAUUAAUUCAGGACAGGAAAGAUAAAUAACUAUAGGAUGAUGAAAAAAAGAUAAUAUAUUAUAUAUAGACGGGUCGUGAUCAUGGCUGAUUUUAUAUUAUUAUUAUUCCAAUAAUCCAAUUAGGAUCCGUUAAACGAAAAUGUGUAGCGCGGCAUAUAAAAAACAUUUGUAUAAUCAGGACGGUAUUUAUGGCACCGAAAUAGAUCAUUUUUCUCAUCAAAUUAGUAGAACAUUUAGAGAAAUUGUCGCACAUGCUG